CGUGAUGCCCCCGAAAAUUUCAUUUCCCCGAAAGCGGAGGGAAUCUGGCGCGACGAGCGCGAGCGGGAACUUUUGUGCGGGCCGCACAUAGAAUCAGGUCGCUCUUUCUUCCCUCAGGAUGCUCAGCUGAAUGCGGCGUCUCCCAUUCUUCGAUUAACCAGAUCGGGGGAAACGGCCUGGGGACCACUUCCUGGCGGCGACUGGACUAUUUUUCAGGCCAAUCACAGCACCUACGAGCCGCUCGCCUGGGCGUAUCGAGACAGCCUCGACUAUCCGGCCAACAAGAGUCCCCUGGCUACCGUCAUCCAGGAUCACGGCAGGUAUGACGGAAUUCAAAGAGUUCUCUUCGGUGGCGGUCUACGGUUUUGGCUGCACAAAUUGCUGCUGCUGGACUCACUGUCCUACCUGUCGCACGGGCAAUUGAGUCUCAGCUUAAAUCGCAUGAUCCUGGUGGACGUCGACGAUAUAUUCGUCGGCGAGAAAGGCACCAGGCUGAGGAAGGACGACGUGAUGGCGUUGCUAGCCACUCAGCAAAGAAUUCAAGCGCUGGUGCCGGGGUUUAAAUUUAAUUUGGGGUUUUCCGGGAAAUAUUUUCAUCACGGGACGGCGGAGGAGAAUUUGGGGGACGACAUGCUCCUGGAGAACGUAGACAGAUUUACGUGGUUUUCCCACAUGUGGAAUCACCAACAGCCGCAUCUCUACGAGAAUGUAACUCAUCUGCAAUUGGACAUGGCGCUGAACAAGCAGUUCGCAAAGGACCACGGUAUACCGACGGGAAGCGGAUACAGCGUAAGUCCGCAUCACUCCGGCGUUUACCCGGUCCACGAAGGCCUCUAUGAGGCGUGGAAGCGGGUGUGGAACAUCAAGGUCACGAGCACCGAAGAGUAUCCGCACCUGAGGCCGGCUCGUCUGAGGCGCGGCUUCGUUCAUCGUAACAUUAUGGUCCUACCGAGGCAAACAUGUGGCCUUUUUACUCACACAAUUUUUAUCGAGAGGUACCCGGGUGGAAGGGAAAAGCUGGACGAGUCGAUACAAGGCGGGGAACUUUUCCAAACGAUCGUAUAUAAUCCGAUAAAUAUUUUUAUGACACAUAUGUCGAAUUAUGGAAACGAUCGACUGGCGUUGUACACUUUCGAGUCAGUUAUAAAGUUUAUUCAGUGUUGGACGAAUUUAAGGCUAUCUAGUGCACCGCCACUUCAGCUCGGGGAACGUUACUUUCAGCUAUAUCCCGAAGAAGCCGAUCCAGUGUGGGGAAAUCCGUGCGAUGAUCAGAGGCAUCAGAAGAUUUGGUCCCGUAACAAAACUUGCGAUCAGCUACCGCGGUUUCUAGUAAUCGGACCUCAAAAAACCGGCACCACGGCGUUGUACACAUUCCUGUCCAUUCAUCCAGCAAUAAGCAGCAAUUUACCAAGCCCCGAUACUUUUGAAGAGAUACAGUUUUUCAACGGGAAGAAUUAUUACAAGGGUCUUGAUUGGUACAUGAGCUUUUUCCCGGCGUCAAAAAAUGAGAGUUCCCGAUACCUCUUUGAAAAAUCCGCGACGUAUUUUGACGGAGAAUUAGUGCCGCGGCGGGCUCAUGCACUUCUGCCGAGAGCCAAGCUAAUCACCAUAUUGCUCUCUCCAGCUAGACGUGCUUAUUCAUGGUACCAACACACCAGAGUGCAUGGAGAUCCGGUAGCGAACAAUUACUCCUUCCAUGCGGUCAUCACAGCGAGUGAUUCUGCACCGAAACCCCUACGGGACCUUAGAAAUAGGUGUCUAAAUCCUGGAAAGUAUGCCCAACAUUUAGAGAGAUGGUUAUCGUUUUAUUCGCCGCAGCAAUUGCACAUCAUCGAUGGCGAACAGCUACGACAAAACCCCGUGGAAACGCUGCACGAGCUGCAACGGUUUCUAAAAAUAACGCCCGCCUUCAAUUAUUCCUCGCACCUGAGAUACGAUCCGAAAAAGGGUUUCUUCUGUCAAGUGACUAACGAAGAUCGCACCAAGUGUCUCGGCAAAAGUAAAGGUCGCCAGUACCCACCGAUGGAAGAUAGAUCAUACAAAUUACUACAGAGAUAUUAUUUGUCCCACAAUACGGCUCUAGUGAAAUUAUUAAAGCGGCUUGGAUUGAGAACGAUCCCGCAAUGGCUGAAGGACGACCUCACCGAUACUGUGAUGACCUAGCAAACGCCAAUUACAUGAAACUUCAAUGUUUCCCGGCUGCUCGCUUCCGCAGUCAGCGAAAUACAUCGCUUGCUAACGGAAGACCUGUAAAGUAACAUUGUACAUUGAAAACUCCACUGGAUUUCACAUCUACAGAGGGAAGGACCAUGCUGGCCUAUCUCAGUGAACUGGCCUAAUGUAAUUGGAGACCCUGCAAAAGCUAGUCAUAUAAACGGCUUUACGAAGCCCAAGUUGUAAUUGUCGAUCAUCGUUAGGCAGAUAAUACUAGUUUAAUAUUAUUACCCCUUUAUUUUUAUUAUUAUUAAUUGCUAUUGUAUUAUUAUUAUUAUUAUUGUAUCAUUAUCAUCGUUACCGCGUCAUAGAGAUCAGAGAAACUUGCUCACCGGUGCCAUUGUCCAGCAAUCGUAAUUAGACAUCUUUCUAUUUACUCGUGCACAAGUUGGGCAAAUUAAAAGCCGAUCAAUACAUAUGAAUUGAAAAUUAUGUAAAAGAAAAAUAUAUCUUUACCAAAAAAAAAAGAUGAUGGACCUGUUUUUAUAAAUUUUAUGAUGUAAGAAGAAAUUUCGUAUAUCAAAAAAGGUGUCCACGGUAGUAGAAAUUUAUCAAAUAAUAAUAUCCAAUACUGAGCAUAAAUGAAUUUUUGCUAUCAACGCCAUACACGUGUUGUAACGAAUGAUAUUGAAAAGUACCCCUUUUCGGCGGAGCGUAAUAUUUUGAAAAGUUAAAGUUAAAUUUUCUUAACACCAGACUGUCCAAAUCAUGUUGUUUUGAGAAAUGUAUAUUCUUCGUGUGUAAAGAUCGUCGAUGAAUUGUACUGCCAGACGUUUUUAGCCAGACAGUUUAUCGAUCGUUCUUCUUGCACUAAUCAUCGGAUCGUCCAUGUGAGCGUGAGAUUUUGGGAUUUUGAGAGCUUUUCUCUUGAGCCCACUUUCGGAGAUACAGUGUACAUUAAUUCCCGUUACAUAUUUAAGAUCGAUGAUGAUGACAAGAAAUCUAUGUAUAUUUUGACAAUACUAUUCUUGGUAUCCGCGGCGGAAAGGCCAACAAAAGAUGUAUGAUCGCGUCCGUUUGUACAUUUGGUGUAACACAUUAUUUUGAUGUUAAAAUAGGUGUACUGUACAAAAUAUAGAGUGAAAACUUGAAAACGGACAGUUCACGUGUGUCCGAGAUAAGUUUGCCAGUUCGCCGAUCUCGGAUGCAUUGACGAACGUACACCCAUUUGCAAUAAUCAACAUUAUCAAAGUUGAAACUUACGCGAAUAUUAGAUUGAUAAACGAUUAUUUGGCACACAAGCAGAUUACCCGCUGACACCGAAAUUACACGAAAUUAUGCAUAUGUAAAAAUAUUUAAGAUUCAUCAUGAUUAUCGUGUACCGCAUACAAUGAUAUGCAUCGUGCAUUUGAUAAAUGUUGUAAAGAAUAAUAGGAGUCUUCUCUUUCAGCGGGUAAGUCCAAAUAAUUAAACAGUGAUUUUUCGAGAUUAUUGUUCAACAUGUUUUUUUUUAAUUCCGAUAUGUACAGAGUCUACAUUUGUGUAUUGGAAUGAUUGUCUUGAAGUGAUAUUCGUGCGGUAAUUAAUUUACUGCACUUUGAAAAAAUAUACAUCGGAUCGACCCUAGGAGAUUUUUGUUAGUCGAGAGAAUGACAACGGGAUCUGAUUAUUGUAUAACGUAUAUUGUUUUUAUAUUUAUUUAUAUCAUCUCCAAUAAUGUGAACUACAUGUACAAAUAUUUUUAAUAAUACUGAUUGUAUCUGUGACCAUAUCUAAUUGUACAUUGCAACAAAUUCAUGAGGUUUUAAGAAUCUCAUGGCAAGUAUCUGCAUAUACAAUAUCUGCUUGCCACACUUUCUACGUAGAAAAGUGUACUAAUAUCGUGUGUAUGGCCCGUUAGGAAGGAGUCCGAAACAAGCAAUGUAAGAUCAGGAGAGGAUUUGUUUAUUUGCAGUUUCAUCCUUACCAUAUUAAUUGUCUCGCAUCACGAAUGUUUCUGAUGAUGCCAUUACAUCGGAUGUUGCAUAUGGAUCACGUUACACUUAGACAGGACUUUUUGUUAUGUUUGUACGACUUGUUUUCAUUUUUAUACUGCCGUUAAAACUAUGCCAUGUAACGUUUAACAAAUCAUGUACAAAGUUUAUUGUUAGUAUUGUAAUAGUAGUUGCUAAUGAUAAUGAUAAUAUCAACCGAUUGAUCUGUUUCGUCGAAUUGUGCCAUUUUAUCAGUGUUGUAUAUAUGAUUACGAUUAUAACGUACCAAUCGCGACAUCGGGUUUUUAGAGUCAAUAUCCUUAAUUUCGUUCAGUAUGGCGGUAGCAACAAAUGUCCGGAUUGCUACUACCUGACAAUAACCUGACGACAGAGGUAAGUAAUAAACCCCCGCGAAAUUUAUCAAAAUCAUACGCGUAGACACAAUUAGCAUUUAGCAUUACCUCAUCGCUAAAGAAAAUCUUCCGUUUGUUUGUUUUUCUUUUACAUUCUUCUAUCGUUACAGCUCUUUUCGUAUUCGCAUAAAUGAUAAAAUUUGUUAAUUUUGUUAAUCGGAAAGAAAGAAAGACAGUACAAAUACGAGACUUGCGAAUCUUGUAUCUAAAUUAAAAGUUAUCAUUUUGUACAUUGGCUGUCAACGAUCAACGAUGGCGUACUGCUAACUGCUACGAAAUUUCGUGGGUGUAUUCGUUCGUGUAUGCACAGAAAUGGCGAGCAUUCUGUAAAUAUUCUGUUCCAAUAUAGACUGCCCAUGAAAAGGAAAUGCCAUCGUUGUGCGAAUAAACGAAACCGCGCGUAGGAUGUGUGUAUGACACUUCAAUUAUUUAACUUGUGACUAUUCUAAUGUAAAAUACUGUAAUAAUUGUACGAAUAGUCUGUAAGUUCUAAUAAAAGGAGCACCAAAAAUCCUA